AUGCGAAGAGUGUGGUCAUCCCUCCUCCCAGCUACCAGAAGUUUGUCGAUAGUUUUACGAUUCGAUAUUUGCCCGCGGAUCAACACAGUCGAGAAGAUAGCUGAACUCCUAAAUGAGCAUAAGCUUAUUCACAUCAGAGGGACCCCUUCCUCUGGUAAAACGACGUUUUCUCGUCUGCUGAGGGUUGGAAAGGGGAAUAAGGUGAAGCGAGUCUCGGCGCAAGGGGAUUUUGUUAAGGCCUUCGUGUGCGUCAAUAAGAAUGACUGCUAUGGAACUAUCAGCUUCAACGUGGAAGAUCCAUGUGCGAUUUUCAUGCCACUCUGGUAAAAACACACUCCGUCGACCCGUUGGAAUAGCAAGCUGGAAUAUGCAAUGUGAGAGGGUAUCACCAAAUAACUCAUAGAGCCCUCCACUGGGCCCGAUGAUUCCGAAAGAGGAACUAUCCCCCAACAUCUCAAUGUCCACCAGCAGGUCUUCAUCGUUAAAUCCCACCAUCCAGAUUCGCCUCAAGUUUGUCUUUGUUACAAUGAGGAAGAAUUCAAUGAUGUUAUCCACAGCCAGUGGAUUUUCUCAUUGGCCAGGAGGCUUGAGAAGUGGACAUGAUGUAUAGGUAUUCAACGACCGAUGGACCUCCUGGUGAAGGUCAGCAUGUCUCAUGACCAGUCUACAAGCUCAGUUCGACGGCAGUUGGCAGGCCUAUUAGUGAUGUCGGCUGAGACUGAAUCUUCGGAAACCUGGCCAGCCUUAGCAGCAGCAGCAGCAAGAGAAAACGAUAGCUAAAUACUAACUCCAGAAUUGCAAUGACAAAGUAUAUCCUACAGCCCUCUCU